AUUCAUACGGUCGGAUUCUUUGCCCUAGCAAUCCAACACGCGCGAGAGAGUGUAGUAGCUCAACAAGAAGGAGCAGCGCCCGCGCUCUGGAAUCAAAGUUGGCCUAUUUCGCAUAUUCUUCUUCUCCGUUUAGACUAGAGAGAGUAGUGAGUUUGGAUUGGAUAAAAAGGGUUUUCGGUUUCGGCGAACUGAAUCUGAGUUCGCGACUGAACGAUGGGUGUCCCUGCCUUCUAUCGAUGGCUGGCGGAGAAAUAUCCGAUGGUGGUUGUGGACGCAAUUGAAGAGGAGUCGGUCGUCAUUGACGGCGUUAAGAUCCCGGUCGAUACGAGUGAGAAGAAUCCUAACAACAUCGAAUACGAUAAUCUUUACCUCGAUAUGAACGGCAUCAUUCAUCCGUGCUUUCACCCCGAGGAUAGGCCCUCUCCGACGUCGUUUGAUGAGGUGUUUGAGUGUAUGUUCGACUACAUUGACAGGUUAUUCGUCAUUGUGCGGCCUCGGAAGCUGCUCUACAUGGCUAUUGACGGUGUUGCGCCGAGGGCGAAAAUGAACCAGCAACGGUCUAGGAGGUUUAGGUCUGCGAAAGAUGCUGCUGAUGCGGCUGCUGAAGAAGCAAGAUUAAGGGAAGAAUUUGAGAAGGAGGGCAGAAAGCUUCCUCCUAAAGAAGAGUCACAGACUUUUGAUUCAAAUGUCAUUACUCCUGGAACUGAAUUUAUGGCUGUCUUGUCAAUUGCACUUCAGUACUAUAUUCAUCUUAGGUUGAACAAUGACCCUGGAUGGAAAAAUAUUAAGGUUAUCCUCUCUGAUGCAAAUGUUCCUGGUGAAGGGGAGCAUAAGAUUAUUUCCUAUAUCCGUCUGCAGAGAAAUCUUAAAGGUUGCGAUCCAAAUACACGGCAUUGCCUGUAUGGUUUGGAUGCUGAUUUGAUUAUGUUGGCAUUGGCUACCCAUGAAAUUCAUUUUUCAAUCCUUAGAGAGAUUGUAUUUACUCCUGGACAAGACAAAUGCUUCCUCUGUGGUCAGAUGGGUCAUUUUGCGGCAAACUGUGAAGGAAAGGCAAAAAGGAAGGCAGGAGAAUUUGAUGAAAAAGGAGAGGCUGUUGUGGCCAAAAAACCAUUCCAGUUCCUGAAUAUUUGGACUCUGAGAGAAUAUCUGGAGUAUGAGAUGAGGAUACCUAAUCCUCCAUUCAAGAUUGAUUUUGAAUGCAUUGUUGAUGAUUUCAUCUUCAUGUGUUUCUUCGUCGGCAAUGAUUUCCUACCUCAUAUGCCUACACUAGAGAUUCGUGAGGGUGCAAUUAACUUGCUGAUUGCAGUAUACAAGAAAGAAUUUAGGGAGUUUGGUGGUUAUUUAACCAAUGGAAGCACGAUAAAUUUGAGCAGGGUGGAACACUUCAUUCAGGCUAUUGGAUCUUAUGAAGAUAAAAUAUUCCAGAAAAGAGCUCAAUUACACCAGCGACAAACAGAGAAAAUAAAGCGAGGAAAGGCACAAGCAAGAAGAGGAGAUGAUGCUAAACCUCAAUUUCAACCAGACUCUUUAGUAGCAGUUUCACAAUUUCAUGGUUCUCGUCUUGCUUCGGCUCCAACUCCUUCACCAUUCCAACAAUCCAGGCAUUCUAAUUUUCGUUCAUCAGUUAGAAAAGACCGAAAAGAAGCCUUUGAGAGGCCUCAGAAAGUUGCUAGGUUAUCUUCAGGAGCAAGUGUUGCUGCUGCUAUUGUUGAAGCUGAGAAUAGUCUUGAAAUUGAAGUUCUUGAUAAUAAAGAUGAACUGAAAACAAAAUUGAAAGAGAUACUUCGUGAGAAAUCUGAUGUAUUCAACUCCAAAAAUGCUGACGAGGACAAGAUUAAAUUGGGAGAACCAGGCUGGAAAGAGAGGUAUUAUGAGGAAAAGUUUUCUGCUAAAACUCCUGAGGAACUUGAAGCUAUACGAAAAGAUGUUGUCUUGAAAUACACUGAAGGCCUAUGUUGGGUGAUGCACUAUUAUUAUGAAGGUGUUUGUUCUUGGAAUUGGUUUUAUCCUUAUCACUAUGCCCCCUUUGCGUCUGAUCUCAAUGGCCUUGGUGAACUUGAUAUUAGCUUUAAUCUGGGUACUCCAUUCAAACCAUUUGACCAGCUUUUAGGAGUCUUUCCUGCUGCAAGUUCUCAUGCUCUUCCUGAGCCAUAUAGGAGACUUAUGACGGAUCCAAGCUCACCAAUUAUUGAUUUUUAUCCAAUUGACUUUGAAGUGGACAUGAAUGGCAAACGCUAUGCUUGGCAGGGUAUUGCUAAGUUGCCUUUUAUUGAUGAAGGGCGCCUUCUGGCAGAAGUUCAAAAGAUUGAAAACUUUUUAACACCUGAGGAAAAGCGAAGGAAUGCUAUAAUGUUCGACUUGCUCUUUGUGAAUUCUUGUCACCCUCUAUCUGCCUGCAUAAGUACACUCGGCAACAAGUGUAAAAACAUGUCAGACAGUGAACGGGCUGUUGUGAAGGAAAGAAUCAAUCCAAAAGAAAGGAAUACAUGCAGUGGUGGAAUGAAUGGUUACAUAUCCUUAUGUGGUGGAGAACCUUGCCCUCCUAUCUUUAGGUCUUCUAUUGCAAGCAUGGAAGAUAUCAUGGACAAUCAUGUUAUAUGUGCAAUAUAUAGACUCCCAGAUGCACAUGAACACAUUACCCGACCACCACAAGGAGUUAAAUUUCCAAAAAAGACUGUUACAAUUGGAGAUCUACAACCUGAACCUGUUUUAUGGCAUCAAGAUUCAGGUAGGAGACACCAUGCUGAAAAUUGGAGGAAAAACCCUCCAGGAUCUAUUACUGGUCGAGAGCUUGGUGAUGCUGCACAUAGACUUGUGGUGAAUUCCUUACAGGCAAAGGUUGACACUACUGGUUACCGCCACCGGCCGCAUAAUGGACCUCCUAAAUCUUAUCCCGCACCAAUGGGUCAUCGAGAACCAGUGUCUUAUGAAUCACGCCCAGGACACGAUGCUGUUCCUACUAAACAAAACCUCCCACCAGGUCAGCAAUCAAAUUCUAACCAAAAAGAUGACUAUCAUAACUCUAGAUCAUAUCAUCAUGAAAGAAAUUACCAUUCGAGGCAUCGUCAUGAAGUUAGUCACCACAGCCGAAACAACGCAAGUGGGCACCGGGAGCAUGCCCAUCAUUCGUCCAAUCACUAUUCUUCAUUAGAUAGACGACGGAACAAGGAUGCAAUGCCACCACCUUACAAUCGCAGAUAAUUUCAUUUAUCCGGGGAAUAUUAUUCCCCACAAAUUAAAACUUGUUGUACCAUAUAUUUUUCGGGGAAUAUUAAUCUCCCUGAAUUAAAAGUUGUUGUACUGUUAUGUCCAGUCCAUACAAUAGUUAAACCAAUUUUCCGUUUAGUAGAUGAAUCUAAAAUUUUAUCCCCUAGAACUCAGGUUUCAUGACAUUUUCCCUACAUGAUAUAUUGGCUAUUCAAUUGGUUGAUUUCUCCUGGAUUA